CUCUUUCGUUCAUUUUCCCCAAAGAAGUGAUUAUGGUUUCUUUAUCCACUAUACUGCUAGUGAUCAAUUCAUAAUGCUCCUGUAAAUAUCUGUUCAAUUUAAAUAAUUGAUUCAUAUAUCUCUCUUUAUCUAAAAUUAUUUCAUUCUUUGUUUCUAAUAGCUUCUUCAGGUACUGUACUCCAUCCUUCUUUUUUCAUCUAGUCAUAUCGGAUACACACCCUAUGUAUAGGCCAGGUUGAAAGUUGAUAUAUCUUGACAAAAUUUCGGGAGAGGUUAAAGAAAGAUUACCGAAAAUGCUUGGUUCAUCCUCUGAAGAGCUGUUAACGUUUCUGUUAGUACUUACUGGUGCUGUCUCUUGUAUGGUUACUUAUCCCGAAGAUUGGAGACGAUGUUUCUCACACUGUGCCUAUAUACCAGGAGCAGCAAAAAUUGCGGAAGACGCAGCCAGGCCUUUCACAGUCACGAACUUAGGACCAGUCGAAGGAGAAUGGAGAACAUCAUUUGGAGGACGGAAGUAUGCGUCCUUCGAGGGAAUUCCAUAUGCAAAACCUCCUGUCGGUGAUCUAAGGUUCGAAGAACCACAACCGGUAGAACCAUGGAGUGGCAUAUGGAAUGCAACUAGGAUAUACAAAUGUCCGCAGACGCAUAUGCUAGCGAAGUCAAUGCCAAAGGAGGCCGGCUUAGGCCAUUAUCAAGGUGAGGAAGACUGCUUGUAUUUAAACGUGUACGUACCUGUAACGACAGAGUCAAAGAAGUUGGACGUAGUAGUCCAUAUCCAUGGCGGAGCAUACGUUGCUGGAUGGUCAAACGAAUAUCUUGGUGAAAAGUAUGUCAUGGACAGAGAUAUCAUUCUGGUCUCCUUAAACUACAGGAUAGGAGCUCUAGGUUUCCUCAGUACAGAAGAUGAUGUAGUACCAGGAAACAACGGUUUGAAAGACCAAACUUUAGCUCUUAAAUGGAUUCAGGACAAUAUAGAAUGGUUUAAUGGAAACCCAAAGUCAGUAACAAUAACAGGAUUCUCUGCAGGUGCAACGUCUGUACAUUUUCACUAUUUGUCGUCAUACAGCAAAGGGCUUUUCCACAGAGGAAUGUCGUUGAGCGGUUCAGCUCUAAGCCAUUGGGCUGUGAGGUUGGGUCCGUUAAAGAAAGCCCAAAAAUUAGCGACACUUCUUGGCUGUGAGACAGAGAAUACAAAGGUAAUGGUGAAAUGCUUGAAGUCCCGUCCAGCCAGUCAGAUAGUUAUACAAACUGAUGAGAUGCAUGAAGUUGGUUGUCUACCAUUUUCAUUGUUCGUACCAGUAGUUGAUAAACAGGCGAAAAGGCCGUUUCUGGAAGAUUUGCCAGAGAAUUUGUUGAAAGCUGGGAAAGUUUUGGAUGUGCCUUGGAUGGCAUCAUUCAACCACGACGAAGGACUUCUCUUAUCUAUUGUUCUCAAACCCUUUAUUCGAGUCCUGAAUCAGUUGUGGAGCCAUAUUGGAACUGCAAUUCUACACACAGACGACGUACCAACUUCUUUCCAACAAACAGCGUUGCAGAAAGUCAAACAACACUAUGCUACCACUGGUGAAGAUUUGUCAUUUGAUGACCUGACGAAGCUUGGUACGGAUGCUCUGAUGAAAUAUGGAGUCGAAAGAGCAAUCAAGCUACAAAGCGCGGUUGUCCAGUCUCCAGUAUACUAUUAUCGAUUUGGUUACGAAGGGCAAAAUUCAUUAAAACUGCUAUUUGCUAAAGAAAAAAUCCAAGGUAUUUUGUUGGUUUCAUUUUAUUUGAAGCAUUUGCACGUAGUACCAAACACUGCCAUUGAUUUGCGUAUUCUCCAAGGAGAUGCCUAACCCUUUUCUGUCAUAGUCAUGUUGUCAAGCAAGCCUGCAGGUAAUGGAGCAGAUUACAUUUCAUUUAAACAAAAUUGUCUUUUCUUAAAUAUCACAUCAUCUUUCACAGGAAAAAUCACAUUUCAGUUUCCUCAUAAUUGUUGCUAUUAGUGUGUGGCAACGCUGACACCUAAAAACGGUGGUCGACAUUUACGAAUACUCCUGUAUCUGUCGAAGUUUCAGGACUGUAAAACAUCUGAAAAUAUUCCAAAGAUAUAGGAGAGGUAAAACAACAGAGAAAAUAGUAUAUUACCAUGAUUAUUCAGUGGACUUAGAAUUUAACCUUGAGUAUAGCCUUGAAUGUCAAGUCAAGGAGAAGGCGGUUUUUUUUAAUUGGAUCCUAUACUGUUGACUACAUAAAUGGAUAGAACGGAAAAUUGUACGAUUUGAUACGAGCUUGAUCGAAAAUUAAUUUAACCUUGGAUGUUCCUGCCCAAGGACAUGCCUAACAGUAACAUUUCCAGCUCUAAGCACCGCUAAAAUAUUAUCAAUGUCUUUCAGCGGUGGCCUUGGCAGAGGGCGUUUAAGGAUAAAGUAAUUUUCACUCAAGGUUCGCUGGCGCAGAAUUUGCCCUUGUAUUUAUUUACGGGAUCAAAAGUAUAAAGAAAGAAAAUCGCCUGACACCGAUUUGACAAGCAUGGUCUUAGUGAAACUCAGUUUCUAGGUCAUCAGUGAAAUGGAAAAAUAGAAGCGGAUUCUUGAUUUUGAUUUAUCAUAAAAAUCCUUGAAAGAUCAUUUCGAACAAGAGGGGUGUUAUCGAAUCUAGCAUGCGUCAUAUCCUUGCAUGUGACACUCGCAUUUUAUUAUUGUGAUCCUUGUGAUCUUUUGAGACUGUUAUGUCACUUUCACCAGGUUAUUUGGUUUUAAGACGGAUGCAGGAAAAAGGUGUACUGUAGCAAAGAAAGUAACUCGCACUCGAACUUUGUCAAAAGGUGAAACCUCUUUGUGAGUUUCGGGUGACAUUUUAGCUAUCUAGCUAUUCAGGGACUUUCAAGUCACCCUCUACAGUUGUGAGAAUAAGUAGUUGGUAGCAUCAGUGUACGUAUUCACGUACCAGCCACGGCUUUCAACUGAACUGAGUUCUUCUGGUGGAUUAUGUUAAUCAACGGUGGUACUAAUGGAGCUGAAUUCAUUUUUUGUCCUUAACAUAUAUUCAAGCCUCUAAAAUAUUAAGUGACAACUUUACUUCACAGGAACAUGCCAUGGGGAUGAUAUGGUAUACUUCUUUGGUGGUAUCAUAAUCAUGCCCCUUUCAGAUGAUGAAAUCAAAAU